AUGGGAUUAAUAGUAGUGUUAGUGGCUCAGUCCUGUCCAACUCUUUGUGACCUCAUGGACUGUAGCUGUCAGGCUCCUCUGUCCACGGAAUUCUUCAGGCAGGAAUACUGCAGUGGGUGGCCAUUUCCUUCUCCAGGGGAUCUUCCCAACCCAGGAAUCAAACCCAGGUCUCCUGCACUACAGGCAAUUUCUUUACCAUCAGAGCCACCUAUGUUUAAAAGCAUCAAUGGGAUUAGUGCCCUUAAAGAAAAGAUACCAGAGACGUGCUCUGUCUCUUGCCCAUGCAAGAAGGUGGCUGUCUGCAAAUCAGGAAAAGAGGCUUCAUCAUAUACUGAAUCUGCCUCUGCCAGCCCCUUGAUCUUGUACACCUCAGCCUUCAAAACUGUGAGAGAAAAAUACCUGUGUUUAAACCACUUAUUUAGUGGAAUUUAUUAA